UUCCGGUUUUGACCCGACCCGGAAGUGAGUGCUGUGUAUGAAUCCGAGCGUAGACGUGGAACCAGAUUUGUAGCAGUCGCUGCAGGACAGAUGGUUGUUUAUGUACUAAUUUGAAGUUGGUUAAAUAUAUUAAUAUAACAUGCGAUGGUAGAGUAAGUUAUUGGGCGUUUGAAGGAUUUUUUCGAGCUAGUUUAGAGGUUAGCAGUGUGUGAAGCUGUUAGGAGGAACUGUGUGCUCGGUGGAAGUUAAAGGGGAAAGCUAACGCAGGGACACUCCGGAGGAAUCACUGCACGGUAUAUUAGGUGAUCUUCAGGAUUCUCGGCGAUUAGAUCCAGCACCCAGCUGCCGCCAUGGCGCCCAUGGGGAUCCGGCUGUCCCCUCUUGGAGUGGCGGUGUUCUGCCUGCUCGGGCUCGGCUUCCUGUACCACCUCUACUCCGGGGCCCUGUCCAGCAGACUGUCCGUGUUCAAGCAGAGGAAGACGGUGGAUCUGAGAGAUCUCCUCGCCUUGUCCAUGGAGGCUGCGGUGCAGGGAGGAUGGGAGGUGAAGCGCAUCCGCAUGGAGGACACACUGGAGGAAAAAUCCAAGGGCAAAACCAAAGAAGGAGCCUCGGAGAAGCUCACCAAGGGGGAUUUAAACUCGCACAGAAAAAUGUACUACCUGAUCAAAAACACCUACCCUUACAUCCAGGUGAAUUCCGAGGAACACGAGAACUCGGACGGCGAGGCCACCGUGUGGACGCGGAACAUCCCGGAUGAGGUCCUGAGCAAGAUCCCGGAGGGGAAAGUGGUACCUGCGGAGAGCGUGACGGUGUGGAUCGACCCGCUCGACGCCACGCAGGAGUACACAGAAAACCUGCGGAAGUACGUCACCACCAUGGUGUGUGUGGCUGUGAACGGGGAACCUGUUGUAGGUGUUAUCCACAAACCUUUCACCGGCUUCACAGCCUGGGCCAUGGUGGGCGGAGGAGCGAACGUGGCACCUCGAGACUCCUACAACGCCAACGCCCCUAAGGUCAUAGUGUCACGCUCUCACGCGGGCAAAGUGAAAGGCUUCAUUCAACAGGCGUUCGGGAACAACACCGAGAUCAUACCAGCAGGGGGCGCAGGAUAUAAGGUUCUCGCUCUGCUGGACGCCUCUGACGACGAUUACGAGAAGGCAGACAUGUACGUCCACGUGACCUUCAUCAAGAAGUGGGACAUCUGUGCGGGAAACGCCAUUCUGAAAGCGUUGGGCGGUGACUUGACCACGCUGAAGGGAGAGGAGAUCGAUUACUCGGGCUCGGAGAAGAACCCGGGCGGCGUCCUCGCCACCGUCGGCAUGGAUCACGCCGCCGUGGUGAAAAAGCUCCCGGCCUGGGACGACGAGAACAAAAACUGACGAGGAACGGGACGGGUACUACAGACUGAGCGCUCUGGGACUGGAGACGGAACGCAGAACCGGUGUUCGACACGCAGACACGGGAGCUUCCGCGGGCUCCUCCGGGGGCGUGUCCGUGUGCGUGCUGAGCUUUUAACGGCGUUUAACUUCUCCCGGACUAACUUUGGACGACGCGCAGGGUUCUCGGUUUGGCGUCGUUCCUUAUCUCCACACCGUUUGGCCACAAACUUCAGUUCCAUGAUCCUCGGUUACGAUCCCGUCUGCGAGUGCUAGGAGGGAUGCAUCGAUACCGCUUUUAAAGACGGGUACGAGUAAGCGUUGUGGGGUUUUUUUAUUUUAUUUGUUCGUUUGUUUUCUCGUCGAUACCGAUCCCGACGUGAGUAGCGUUAAUCAAUCGGGAGCAUCGCGAAUCAUUUUCUUUAGCUCUGUUUAUUCUGUCGAGCGAAGUGUCGCGCAGGUCUCAGUGCUCGCUUGACCGAACCGCUCUCGCAUCCUUUGCCUUUGCGUGCAGCACACACGUUCACGUGGAAUCGGAUGUAGGUUGUUUUUUUUCCGAGUACGAGUUCACGAGCGUGCUACCGGAGUCGUAUACGCGAUACCGGUGUCGGGAUCGAUGCAUCCCUGCGUACUGAAGAACAGGGUGUUAUGCGUGUAUAAAUAUUCCGUUAAAAAAAAAAACACACACACACAUCAUGGCACGAUGAAAUCCUCAGACCUCAAGACAGGAGGAGUUUUACGGAAGGUGUCUCCGGUGUCGGCGCUCGAUCCUUCAGACCGCGCCUCGGCUGAUCGACUACGUUUAUUCGUCUCCCCACUACGCGCGAAAGAGAACCGCGUAUUCGUCUUUCGCCAAGCUGUUCUUUUUAAUCGUGUCGUUUGUAAGAUAUUCUAAUUAUUCGAACAGCUGAUCUUUUCUUUUGAGAGCUUUGAGAAAAGGUUGUAAUAUUUUCAGGUGUGUAUGAGUUUUUUUGUUUGUUUGUUUGUUUGUUGUUUUUUUUAAAUAAACGGCGGACGGCCGAGCGGGCGAUCCUGGUUUUACUGUAGUACUCACCGUGGUGUCUAGCGGUCACAUGAGUGCCCCGCCCGUCGCCCGCUCUGAAGUGGCACGCAUGAAACCGGAGCAUAAAUACGGCACGUGCUAAUGAAGAGUUGUUUGCUGUUAAAACCCUGCAUGCGCUCAGUUCUAUAUGACCGAGGCAUGUCGUGUGAUGUCAUCACCGUACCUUUUAAUUUAGUUUUCAUUUUUGGGUUCUAAUAAAGAGCGUUUUGUUGUU